AUGUGUAGGCCCAGGAAGCCCCCCCCUGAAAAACGAACGACACGUGUGCCUGCCAUGCAGGCGAAGAGCCUGAAGACCUCCCAAGGCCCAGGACCGUUUCACUUGCAUGUCAUCAGCGCGCCCGGGCACCUCGAUGUCAUUGAAUUCGGCAGGUUCCUCGAUAUGUUUUUCCGCGACAAGUCCGACGUCGUCUCUCGUGGCUGCUCGUGCCAACGCAUGUUGCCAGCCACACACGUGGUUGCCGUCGCAGUUUUUAUAUUGGGACGUUCCUCGAGGUGGCUUUGCACGACAAGUGCGACGUCUUCUCACGUGGCUGAUCGUGCCAACGCAUAUUGCCAUCCAUACAAGUGGAAAUCGCGUCUGCCAACGCAGGAAAUAAAAAAGGGAGCCUGA